AAUCUAGGGUUCGAGUUUGUAGAAAUAAUCUCAUAUUUGCUCCAAAAUAAAUGUGUGGGUAAUCAAAAUCAGAUGGUAGUUUAGUAUGGUUUCUGUUAACACUGUAGUGCCUUUCCAUCCUCCAGGCCUGCGCAGUUAACGCGUCUGACGCCACCAGGGAGGGUACCCCUUUUCAUCUAUGGAAGCCCAUACAUAAUUUACGCUUCCCCCCCGCACGUGCAUGAUGUAAUGGCACAAGUCCACCUCUGAUUUGGCGCCGUCGAUCGCCACGUGUUAAACUGCCGGUUUCCAAAUGUGGAGAGGAUAAUCCAGUUUUGUGGACAAAUGAGAGUGAGUAUUGGAGAACAUGGACUCGUGUGGAGGAUGUGGGCGAUACGGAACUCGAUAGUCGGUUGUAAAAAAAAAGCAGGUGCAGUCGUCGCAGGGCAUGGAAGGGAGGAGAGCAUCCUUUCUUGUUCUUGGCACCGCGAUAACGCGUGCGUAAAAAGACGCGGUUUGGACUGGACUCCCCCUGCCAGCUCUCCUGGACCGAACCACUUGCUUGAGCGUGACAUCAAAUGUGGUUUGGACCCUAAGGGGUGCGACAGUUCAGAUAGAGGCGUCUGAAGUAGCGUCUGUCAAGUGGUACAGCGGAUGCAAGGGAGGCGGAGGGGAGGAAAAAAAAGGAAAAAAAGGAGGGGAGGUCUCCAACUAGGAGAGACAAUGCGGCUUCACGAUGCGCGUAUUCCUCUGUAGACUAUUAUUACAGCCAGUUUUCUCGAAACAGGAGAAGCAAAGGGGAUGCAGAGAAUGGAGGUGUCGUGAUUUCUUCAUUUUCCCCUUUUAAUUUCACUUUCGGCUUUAAUAGAUUUUGACUUCAAGCGUUACGACUGAGAACAAAAAGCAGAGAUGAAAUUUCCAGUAGAAAACCCGACUAAACAAGUUAACUGGGACCCGGAACAAGUGGCGGUCCAGACCAACUUGGCCCCUCCCAAAAAGGCCCAGCCCGGCAUGGUCAAGUCCAGCCUGGUCCAGGCCAGUGUGGCCACCAUGCAGAACCCCAUGGGCUGCGACCUGAAGACCAACGGCCACUGUCAGCUUCCUCGCCUCUCCAUCUCCUCGCGUUCCGCCAGCGUGGUGGCCAGUUUGGACGCCAACAGCGACGGCUCCGUCGCCUCGCUGCACUCCGUGAUGAAGUGGAAAACGGUGCUGGCGGUGUUCAUUGUGGUCGUUCUCUACUUGGUUUGCGGAGCACUGGCCUUCAAGGCUCUGGAACAACCGUUUGAGACGAACCAAAAGACCAGCCUCUCCCUGCAGAAGGCGUCGUUUCUGGACAGGCACCCGUGCGUUUCUCCUGAGGAGCUCAACAGCAUCAUUGAGCAUGCCAUGGAUGCCGUCAGUCCAGGAUUGAGACCUCUGGAUACCACAUACAACUCCAGUUUCUGGGACCUCAGCAGCGCCUUCUUCUUUGCUGGGACUGUCAUUACAACCAUAGGUUACGGUAACAUUGCUCCCAGUACCCAAGGUGGGAAAAUCUUCUGCAUCUUUUAUGCCAUAUUUGGCAUCCCUCUCUUUGGCUUCCUGUUGGCGGGGAUCGGAGACCAGCUGGGGACCAUCUUUGUUAAAAGCAUUUUGAAAGUUGAGAAAAGAUUCAGGCAAAAACACAAACAGAUCAGCCAAACGAAGAUUAGAGUGACGUCGGCCAUCCUGUUCAUCCUGGCUGGCUGCAUAGUCUUUGUCACCAUCCCUGCUGUCAUCUUUAAAUACAUCGAGGACUGGUCCGCGCUGGACGCCAUCUACUUUGUUGUGAUCACGCUCACAACAGUGGGAAUAGGAGAUUAUGUGGCAGGUGGAAACAGGAAGAUCGACUAUAAAAACUGGUACAAGCCUCUGGUGUGGUUCUGGAUCCUUGUGGGUUUGGCAUACUUUGCAGCUGUUCUCAGCAUGAUCGGAGACUGGCUUCGAAUGCUUUCUAAGAAGACCAAAGAGGAGGUUGGUGAGUUUAAAGCUCAUGCAGCAGAGUGGAAGGCAAACGUGCGAGCGGAGUUUCGUGAAACGCGCCGCCGUCUGAGUGUCGAAAUCCACGACAAGCUUCAGCGGGCCGCCACCAUCCGCAGCAUGGAGCGGCGCCAGCUGGGCCUGGAGCAGCGAGCCCACUCUCUGGACAUGCUGUCUCCAGAGAAACGAGCCAUGUUUGCCAGUCUGGACGCUGGCAGGUUCAAGACUUCCUCUCAGGAGAGCAUUGACACCAAACUGAACAACCUGAGGCUAAAAGGGGCCUGCGAGCCGUACGAUCAACGUGGAAGCGAGCAAGCUCCGCAGACGGCCUCUUCCUCGGAGGAAAAUCUCUUCAACCUACGCUUCGGAUCGCUCACCAAGCUGGCCCGACGCAAUAAGAACCGCGAGCUGCGCAGGAACAUUCCUGAGGAUGUCCGACGGGCAAGUGUGGGUAUAAGCAACAGUGGCGCCAUGCAGGAGGAGGAGGAGACGACGGGCGUAGAGGAUGGGGAGACAGAGGAAGAAAACAGAGAAAGGAAAGAAGGAAACAUCAGCCUGACAAACCUGUCACAAUAUGCAAUGGAGCGCAGCAAGCUGAAUGAAUUCAUACCAGCACAGGCACAGGUAUCGAACGCAUGAAUGGUUGGGCUGCAGACAGACAGACAGAAUGAUGCUCAGACUGAGUCGCAAGGAGACAAGUCGAUCCCUUGAGAUGUCAAUAAAUGUGCCUUUGCUCAGACUGGAACUGCUACCAGGAAAAUCCGUCAUUGUGCCAUAACUGUGGGAAGAAAACUUGUUGCCAAAUAAGAAACAUAAAGAGUAUGUUGGUUGGAUACCUCAUAAAUCAAGUGAACUGUUUCACUCAGCUCCGUUGUGUUUCAACCCUCAAGGCUCUUUGGAGACACUUGGGUAAUGACCAUCUGUCUGUGCAGAGUAUUUCAUACUGUAUGUGGGGGACGAUUACAAGAGAGCCGGAUUCAUGUCAUCCGUCUUCAGAGACAUUAUCGAUCAUUUUGUCAUCUCAGAAUGUGGCACUUUUUUAUUUUUAGCCCAGUAGCCUGAUACAAUUGGACUUGAAUGACUAAAGAGUUUCUGAUCAAUAGACAUAUAGUUCAGUAGAGGACAUGUACAAUUAAUCCUUUUAUUGUAUGUGGCUAUAGAUAUGUAACCUGAGGAUCAAACUACUCCAUAUAGUAAGAGCUUGGACGAAAUAAACAUAUGCAUGGGUAUUAAACAAUGCUAUGUCAAAAAUAACAUUUUCAGCUUCCAAAUAUAGACAGUUGUGACUCAGCACAAGUAUACCAAUAAAUACCUGCAUUGUCUGAAAAUUGUCAGCAGUCUUGUACAAGUUUUAGAGCAUGUUUUUAUUUUUAACUCACAGUAAAACACUUUUAUUCAAAUGAAUGUGAUCUCAAUAAUUCACUAAAUGUGUGCAUCCAUGGUUUCACUUUUUUCUAUCAGGCACCUAUAUUUCAUAUAUUUUUCAUUUUGCUGUAAAACUUGAAAAAAUAUGGAUUUUUUUCUUGUAUUUGUUAUUAUUACUGUAUUUUUUUACACACUUUACUGUUUUAUUUUGACUUUAGCUUCACAAAGAGAUACAAAUCAUUUUGCUUCGUAAGAUAAUCACAAUGAAAAUAGUGUUUUUUCUUAAUUAAAGAAGCAAUAAAAAUGAUGGGCAUACUAGCACUGUGUUGAAUGUGGUCUCUGUUACUUUCUUUAAACUUUUUUUUCACAUAUUUUCAUCCUUUUAGCUAUUUAAAAGUGUUCCAAGUGAUCUUUUAUUUAUACAGAUUUUGGCCAAAACACAGUGGGCAACACCGCCCCCACUUCCCGUCCCCGUUACUGAGAGCAGAGAUCUUGUUGCCCACCCAGAGUAUUUUCUGCGUCACAAAUACACUUUUUUUCAAACUUUUUUUUUCCAUCUGCUCCUGAUUCACAAUGAUUUGAAUAAAGAUAUC